AUGGAUGACAACGCCGCGUACAACGAGUCCAAGAACUCCAUCCUCAAUUUCACCGGACAAGAAUCGGACGAUGUAUCCCCGUUGGAACAAGAAGUCCUGGAUGAGUAUGAGCGAUUGUCAAGGAACAUGAAAGAGCUAUCGUCGACUCUGGCAACUCUGUCAAGCGGGCCGAUGACCCUGGAGAUCGCAGAAGGACUUCGGCUGCUCGAGCGCAAGGUCGCCAGCGUCUACACCCUGAUGAAGGCGAGCGUGUACAGCAUCGUGUUGCAGCAAGGGCAGCUGGACUCGAUGGACGAGGGAGGGUCCGACGGCGAGAAUGAUCGGGUUCAUCAGUCUUGA